AUGGACGUCUCACCGUUUGUUGCACUGCUGCUGGCUGCUCUCCUCUCCCUGCUCCUCUUCGCCAGAAGGAGGAAGGGUUCUCCGUCCAGCAGGGAUGGCCGGCGGCGAUUGCCGCCGUCGCCGCCGGGGCUUCCCCUCUUUGGCCACCUGCCCCUUCUUGGCUCCCUACCUCAACGCAAGCUUCGAUCAAUGGCCGCGUCGUACGGCCCCGUCAUGCUCCUGCGCCUGGGCCGCGUGCCCACCGUGGUGGUCUCCUCGGCGGCCGCGGCGCAGGAGGUGAUGAAGGCCCGGGACCUGGCGUUCGCGAGCCGCCCCAGGGUGCGCAUGGCCGAGCGCCUCCUCUACGGCCGCGACAUGGCCUUCGCCCCCUACGGCGAGUACUGGCGCCAGGCGCGCCGCGUCUGCGUGCUCCACCUCCUCAGCCAGCGCCGCGUGCACUCUUUUCGCCACGCCCGGGAGCAGGAGGCUGCAGCGAUGGUCGGCCGCGUCCGUCGCGCCGGAGCCGGAGGCCGUGGCGCCGGCGCCGUGAACCUCAACGCGAUCCUCAUCUCCUACAGCAACGGCGUCAUCUCCCGUGCCGUUUUCGGCGACGACGGCCGGAGCUACGGCCUCGACGGCGGCGAGGGUGAGAAGCUCGCGGAGCUGUUCGCUGACUUCGAUGAGCUGCUUGGGACGGUGACCGUGGGGGAGCUCGUGCCGUGGCUGGCGUGGGUCGACACUCUUAUGGGGUUGGACGCCAAGGCGGCGCGCACGUCGGAGGAGAUGGGCGCCUUGCUCGACCGGGUCAUCACGGACCACCGCCAGAGGCGUCAUGGCAACCGGCGGCGGGAAGAAGACGAUCACCGGGACUUCGUCGACGUGCUGCUGGACCUCGUCAACCACCCACAGGAGAUGCUCAGGGUCCAAGACGAGAUCCGCGGGGUCGUCGGCGGCGGUGGCAGCGACGUCGUCACCGAGGACCACCUCGAGAAGCUGCGUUACCUCAAGUGCGUGAUCAAGGAGACGCUCCGACUGCACGCGCCACUGCCACUGCUGCUGCCCCACGAGACGAUGGAUGACACGGAGCUGCUCGGUUACCACGUUCCGGCGCGCACUCGCGUCAUCGUCAACGCUUGGGCGAUCGCACGGGACCCCGCGACGUGGGAACGCGCCGACGAGUUCGUGCCGGAGCGGUUCAACGGCGACGACGACGUGAAGACGGACUACUUGCUUGGGCAGGACUUCAGGUUCGUGCCGUUCGGCGCGGGGAGGAGAGGAUGUCCUGGGGUCGGGUUCGCCGCGCCAGCCAUGGAGCUGGCUCUGGCGAGCUUACUGUAUCACUUUGACUGGGCGAUGCCGGCCGGCGGGGCAUCGAAGGUGGAGAUGGAGGAGCUGAACGGGCUAUCCGUAAGGCUCAAGGCAAUCCUACGUUUGGUUGCUAAGCCAUGGUAUCCUCAAUAA